GACUCGAUGGUGUGAUUGAUACUCAUUGACUCUUGUUAGUGUAUCGUAAAAAUCCGUCCAGUUAUCUGAAGAAUGUCUUUAGCUGCCAAAACCAAGAUUGAUCGCUCCUGUGAGAGUAUAAAAGUCAUGCAGAUCUUAUAGAUGGAGUCAUUGUGAAUUCAAAAAUGAGGCAAGUGAGUGUGAUCUUUGUGUUGUGCUUCUUGGCAUUGGCCAGUGCGCAUCAUUGGCCAAACUUCUGGGAUGGUCGAACAGGUAUUGUUCACCUAUUCGAGUGGAAGUUCAAGGAUGUGGCGGAUGAGUGCGAGCGCUUCCUGGCACCGAAGGGAUACGCUGGAGUUCAGUUGUCGCCUGUGAAUGAAAAUGUGAUCAUCCGGAAUCCCAAUCGACCUUGGUGGGAGCGCUAUCAACCAAUUUCUUACGUCCUGACAACAAGAUCUGGAAAUGAGAACGACUUCCUGGACAUGUCGAGGAGAUGCAAUGCAGUCGGAAUCAGGAUCUACGUCGAUGUGCUCCUGAAUCACAUGUCAGCGGACAAUCAUCCCUCUGACGGAACUGCUGGAAACUAUGCAGAUACCUCGGCUAGACAGUGGCCAGCUGUUCCGUACGGCCCCAAUGACUUCAACCCGCGAUGCAGCAUCUACAACUGGGACGAUCCGGUGGAGAUCAGAAACUGCGAACUUGUGGGCCUGCACGAUCUCAACCAGGCAUCUGAACACGUCAGAAGCAUGCUGGUGAACUUCUUGGAUCACUUAGUCGAGCUGGGAGUGGCUGGAUUCCGUGUUGAUGCCGCCAAGCACGUUUGGCCUCACGAUCUGGAAGUCAUCUACAACAGAGUCAGGAACCUGAACACAGCCUUCGGAUUUCACGCCAACAGUCGACCCUUCUUCUACCAGGAAGUCAUUGAUCUGGGCGGCAAUCCCAUCCGGUACGAGUACACUCCUCUGGGCGCUAUCACUGAGUUCAAGUACUCAGCUGAGAUUGGAGGAGCUUUCCGCGGAUGGAAUGAUCUGAGGUGGUUGUACAACUUCGGUCCCGCGUGGGGAUUUGUCCCAUCAGACGUGGCUCUGGUGUUUGUGGACAAUCACGAUAAUCAGAGAGGUCACGGAGCUGGAGGUGACGCCAUUUUGACGUACAAGAACCCGAAGCAGUACAAGAUGGCAACGGCUUUCACCAUGGCCUGGAAUUACGGCACGAUCAGACUGAUGUCUUCCUUUGCAUUCGACGACGGCGAUCAGGGACCUCCUCAGGACAGCUACGGAAACAUCAUCUCGCCGUCCAUCAAUGCCGACAACACUUGUGGCAAUGGAUGGGUGUGUGAGCAUCGCUGGCGGCAGAUCUACAACAUGGUUGGCUUCGCCAAUCAAGUUAAGGGCACAGGAAUCAAUGACUGGUGGGACAAUGGCAGAAAUAUGAUUGCCUUCUGCCGUGGCGAUCAAGGUUUCAUCGCUUUCAACAAUGAAGAUCACAACUUCAGUCACACUCUGCAGACUUGCUUGCCGGCUGGAAGGUACUGUGACGUCAUUUCUGGCGAAAACAUUGGCGGAAGCUGUUCCGGUCUCACCAUCACCGUCGAUUGGGAUCAGACGGCGCACAUCACCAUUCCUGCUGAUUACUAUGACGGCGUCGUUGCCAUCCAUCGUGGUGGAGCUUCAAGAAUCGACUAG